CACAAGGGAAAUUGCAGAGUGAGUAGCAUCCCAACUUCCCAUCAACUCCUCUUUUUUCAUUCUUGUUUCUCUCUGUAUAUAUGAAACUCAAAACCCAGAUUGGCUCUUCACUCGUUCACUCACUCAACUCUAUUUUGAAUUUUGUAUGUAAAUUAAUCCCUCACAGAGUCACCAUGUUCGAUACUAAUCGCCAGCCUUUCGUUAUCGAAAUCACAAUUGUAUCAGCAGAGGGCCUUAAGAACACCUCCACCGUCUUCUCUAAACGCAUCCGCCCGUUCAUCACUCUCACCACUGCCCCACCCACGCCAUACAAGCCCACUGACGCCGAUAAACAGAGCCAGGUGUACAUGACAAGGGUGGACGACGAGGGGGGAAUCAAUCCCACCUGGGGUGACAAGUUCCGGCUACCCAUGGAAGCCACCUUCUUCUCCCACAGAUACUCCGCCAUUUACCUCCACAUCUACACCAAGCGUCUCAUGAAGGGCAAGACUCAGCUGGGUUGGUGUCAGAUUCCGGCCGGGGAUAUUCUAGAAGGGUUCUCUCCGGCGGGGACUCUGCGGCACCUAAGCUAUCGUCUCCGGGACAGAGACGGUACGAGAGGGCAUGGGAUUGUGAAUGUUGCCGUGAGGUUAGAAGGGUCAUUUCCAGUUUUCCAGCAGAGGCCGGCGGACCCUGGCCACACGCAGUUGCCGGCGGUGGACCCAUCUCAGAUGGCAAUUGGCAUUCCGGUGACUCUGUUUCCGGGUAGUGUAGUGCCGUUUGGCGGUGGGUGUAGAGGAGGGAAGCGGCCGACAAGUGGAAGAGAAGUAGGUAAUGAUGUGAUUGAACCAAAUCAAUGGUUUGAAUGUCGGCUGUGAUUUUGCUACAGUAGUCCUGAAUCCACGGGAUGGGCAAAUCAUAAAUAUUGAUGUUGCUUUGUUUAGUGGAAAUGAACUUGGCUCUCACUCUGUCUCAUUGCGCCGAAAGCCUAAGCUUUUGCAAAGUGUAUGUUCAUAUCCCGUGUGAUUGGGAUUUGAAAACUUUUGUUUUAACACCAAAAAAAAAGAGGCAAAAAUUAAAAGAUGAACAUGUGACUUUUCAUACCUA